AUGUUCUACCGAGUCCUUUGCCUUUUGAUUAUUCUCCAUGCAACUAAUGCUCGUUUGCUUCGCGCUCGAGUAGCUCCUAGAGCAGUGGGUCAUGUUGCGAAGCGCGGCAACGCAUAUGGCGAUGAGGCGGUUACUCCACCAAUGACCGGUGCCUCCUUCGUCCAAGAGCCUGUGGAAGAGCAGACAGUUGCUACAGUGGCUCAGGCGCCGGUACAGGAACCGUCUGUAGAAGCGAGUGGGUAUCGUAAGAAAAGGACCACUUUCGAGGUUCUCCAUAAGCGACUUCCAAAGGUCUGA